UGUCACUGUACCUGUGAAUGAAGUGCAUCUGCUCCAAGUAGACACAGCCUUUUGAAAUAUCUACACAAAGGUCUACAAGGUCAACCAAGAACAAAGAAGCCAUGGAAUUGAGGAAAUAAAGGUCCAACAUGGAAAUUACCAAGGUACAUGUGAAGGAAACCCCUAGGGUAACAGCUCUGUAGAGACCAGAGGACAAGCGCCGGUAUCGACUCCAGGAGGGAAGUAUCCAGGAAGAAUACGAAAACAGCAAAUUGCUAUGGACUUUAAACUGAAGAGCCAUGCUGAUAACAUCUAAACUUCUCCAACCCCUGAGGAGCUGGGGCUCAGGAACCCCACAGUAUCACAUGGCACCACCAGUGACCUUGCAGACUGCCAUACACACCACCAGCACCCCAUCUUGGGCCAGAAUUGCUGCUGUUUCAAACCCUACUCCAGGCAUGAAAUAUAUGGACAGAGCAAAGAAAGCAACUGCCGAAGGACAGACGGUGGACAGAGGACAGGAAAGCACAGAUACAUCUUGUUGAGGCAGGAAACCUCAAUGGGCAAUGGGAACAGUUAUUGACAGCCAACUAUGUACCAAAGACCAUGCAGAGAACUAUGAAGACAACACUGAAGCAGACAGAUAAAAAUCCCAGUCGUCAUUUGGGUAGGGACCAGAGGAAGACACACCAGACAUAAACAAGUAAAACGCCUGCUAAUAGACAAAGAAGAUGUGGUACAUACAUACAAUGGAAUAUUACUCAGCCAUAAAAAUGAAUGAAAUUGGGUUAUUUGCAGAGACGUGGAUGGACCUAGAGAUCGUCAUACAGAGUAAAACUGGGCUUGGAGAAGGAGGUUGGUUCAAACCACAGGCAUACAGACAUUAAUAGCCCACACCCUAGAGAGUGGAGAUCGGUGUCAAGCUGCCAUAUCAUCAAGGAAGUGUGAUGGCUGUGGGCACAUAGUGACCUACAAGGACAGUGGCACCAUGACAUCUAAGAAUUAUCCAGGGACUUACCCCAAUCACACUAUUUGUGAAAAGACGAUCACAGUACCGAAGGGGAAGACAUUGAUUCUGAGGUUGGGAGAUUUGGAUAUUGAAUCCCAGACCUGUGCUUCUGAUUACCUUCUGUUCACUAGCUCUUCAGAUCAAUAUGGUCCGUAUUGUGGAAGCAUGACUGUGCCCAAAGAACUUUUGCUGAACACCAGUGAAGUAACUGUUCGCUUUGAGAGUGGAUCCCACAUUUCUGGGCGGGGUUUUUUGCUAACCUAUGCCAGCAGCGACCAUCCAGAUUUAAUAACGUGUUUGGAACGAGCUAACCAUUAUUUGAAGACAGAAUACAGCAAGUUCUGCCCAGCUGGUUGUAGAGACAUAGCAGGAGAUAUUUCUGGGAAUGUGGUGCAUGGAUAUAGAGAUACCUCGUUACUAUGCAAAGCCGCCAUCCAUGCAGGAGUAAUUGCAGAUGAAGUGGGCGGUCAGAUUGGUGUGCUUCUCCGCAGAGGCAUGAGUCGGUACGAAGGGAUCCUGGCCAAUGGUGUGCUCUCAAGGCAUGGUUCCCUGUCAGACAAGCGAUUUCUGUUUACCUCCAAUGGUCAUGUAGCACCAAGUUGCAGCAGAUCCUUGAGUUUGGAACCUGACUGGCAAAUCAGAGCUUCUUCUUCUUGGGACUGGAUCAACGAGACUGGAGAUCAGGUCCGUUGGUCUCCUGGCCAAGCCCGACUUCAGGACCAAGGUCCGUCAUGGGCUUCGGGGGACAGGAGCAAGAACCACAAACGAGAGUGGCUGAGGAUAGACUUGGGAGAGAAAAAGAAAAUAACAGGAAUUAGGACCACUGGAUCCACACAGUCAAAUUUCAACUUUUAUGUAAAGAGUUUUGUAAUGAACUUCAGAAACAACAACUCCAAGUGGGAGACCUAUAAAGGAAUUGUGAAUAAUGAAGAAAAGGUGUUUCAGGGCAACUCUAAUUUUCGGGACCCUGUGCGGAACAAUUUCAUCCCUCCCAUUGUGGCCAGAUAUGUGCGGGUUAUCCCCCUGACGUGGCACCAGAGGAUAGCCUUGAAAGUGGAGCUCCUUGGCUGCCAGAUUGCACCAAGUAGGACUCGGGGUAAUGACUCAGUGGUGUGGAGCAAAACAAGUCUAAAUACUGUUGGUUCAGCUAACAGAGAAGAUGAGACAAUCUUAAAACCCAUCCCCUCUGAAGAAAUGCCCAAAGGAUUAAACGUCAUAACUAUUGUUACUCCACUGGUGCUCCUCGUCCUGCUGGUUGCUGGAGUGGGAAUCUUUGCAGUCCUUAGAAAGAGGAAGAAGAAAGGAAAUCCUUAUGGAUCAGCUAAGGCUCAGAAAACAGACUGUUGGAAGCAGAUCAAGUAUCCCUUUGCCAGGCAUCAGUCAGCUGAGUUUACCAUCUGCUACGAUAAUGAAAAGGAGAUGACACAAAAGUUGGAUCUCAUCACAAGUGAUAUGGCAGAUUACCAGCAGCCUCUCAUGAUUGGCACCGGAACGGUCGCCAGGAAGGGCUCUACCUUCCGGCCGAUGGACACCGAGGCCGACGAGGCGGGGCCGGACGCCGAGGCUGGCGGCCACUACGACUGCCCCCUCCCGGCCAGCCGCCACGAGUACGCCCUGCCCUUGACCAACCCCGAGCCCGAGUACGCCACGCCCAUCGUGGAGCGGCACCUGGCCCGGGCUCACUCCUUCUCGGCGCGGAGCGGCUACCGCGUGCCGGGGCCCGGGCCGGCGCACAAGCACUCCCUCUCCUCCGGCGCCUUCUCCCCGGCCGCCGGCUACCAGCUGCCGCAGAGCCCCGCGCCCGCGGACCCGGGCUACGACAAGCCCAAGGGCGGCAGCGGCGGUGGCGGCUCAGCCACGCGGCGCGCUGAUCCCGCCUAUCAGAAGCCGCAGGUCAACCCCGCUACCAACGCUGCCUACUUGGCCCCCAGAGACUGCCUCAGGCCCCUCAACCAGACGGCCAUGACCGCUCUGCUGUGAACACACUGUGAAUGAAAGCUGCUGUGGUACUGAGCGCCGGGCUGUGCGCGGCCCUGGAAGCGGCGAGAUGCGCGCGCGAGACAGAGUGAGUGUGCGCGCGCGCACGUGGUUUAACGGGAUCCUGCGGUGGAGUCGUAGAGGCACACCCCCCCCCCCCCCCCACUGUUUACAGAAUUGUGCAGCUGGUUUUGUUCUGACCCUUAGGGCGAGCGUCUGU